AUGGCUGAACUGCCACAGCUCCAAACCCUGGGCGUUCAGAGCUGUCAGGGGUCUUGGAGCUCAAGAAACACUAGAGUCAAGGGGUGCACGGGGUCUCCCCCGCAUCCUCACCGGUGCCUCUCCCCUCCCCUCCCGCCCGCAGUGUCCACUCCGCUGGGCCAAGGCCGGGUCAAUCAGCUCGGCGGUGUCUUCAUCAACGGGCGACCCCUGCCCAACCACAUCCGCCACAAGAUCGUGGAGAUGGCCCACCACGGCAUCCGGCCCUGUGUCAUCUCCCGCCAGCUGCGCGUCUCCCACGGCUGUGUCUCCAAGAUCCUCUGCCGCUACCAGGAGACCGGCUCCAUCCGGCCUGGGGCCAUCGGAGGCAGCAAGCCCAGACAGGUGGCGACCCCGGAUGUGGAGAAAAAGAUUGAGGAGUACAAGCGGGAAAACCCGGGCAUGUUCAGCUGGGAGAUCCGGGACCGGCUGCUCAAGGACGGGCACUGCGACCGCAGCACCGUGCCCUCAGUGAGUUCGAUUAGCCGUGUGCUCAGAAUCAAGUUCGGGAAGAAAGAGGAGGACGACGACGGGGACAAGAAAGAAGACGAUGGGGAGAAGAAAGCCAAACACAGCAUCGACGGCAUCCUGGGCGACAAAGGGAACCGGCUGGACGAGGGCUCAGACGUGGAGUCGGAACCGGACCUCCCUCUGAAGCGCAAGCAGCGCCGCAGUCGGACCACGUUCACGGCCGAGCAGCUGGAGGAGCUGGAGAAGGCCUUCGAGAGGACGCACUACCCGGACAUCUACACCCGCGAGGAGCUGGCACAGAGGACCAAGCUGACUGAGGCGCGCGUCCAGGUCUGGUUCAGUAACCGCCGUGCGCGUUGGCGUAAGCAGGCAGGAGCCAAUCAGCUGGCAGCAUUCAACCACCUUCUGCCCGGGGGCUUUCCGCCCACCGGCAUGCCCACGCUGCCCCCCUACCAGCUGCCGGAUUCCACCUACCCCACCACCACCAUUUCCCAAGCGGACACCAGCUCCGCUUAUGGAGCCCGCCACAGCUUCUCCAGCUACUCCGACAGCUUCAUGAACGCAGCGGCGCCCUCCAACCACAUGAACCCCGUCAGCAACGGCCUGUCUCCUCAGGUGAUGAGCAUUCUGAGCAACCCCAGCGCGGUGCCGCCGCAGCCGCAGGCCGACUUCUCCAUCUCCCCGCUGCACGGCGGCCUGGACUCGGCCUCCUCCAUCUCGGCCAGCUGCAGCCAGCGGGCGGACUCCAUCAAGCCAGGGGACAGCCUGCCCACCUCCCAGUCCUACUGCCCACCCACCUACAGCACCACCGGCUACAGCGUGGACCCCGUGGCUGGCUACCAGUACGGCCAGUACGGCCAGAGUGAGUGCCCGGUACCCGGCAUCCCCCUCCCUGCCCCCCGCUCAUUUGUAGAGAGCUGGAAGGUGUUGUUGUGGGGGGAGGUGCCCAUUUCACAGAUGAGGACAUUGAGGUCCCGAAAGGAGGAACAGCUGUUCUAA